AUGUCUAGUAGUACUGUGGAUGAAUAUGAAGGUUAUUAUGAAUCAUCGUCGUCAUCGGUUGUAUCUUCAAUGUUAUGGGUUCGUAACCUUCGACGAUAUAUCAGAUCCGACCCUGAUCUUGGCUCCGAAGCUAUCAUGGAGCAUGAAACGAGAAGAAAUUUGCUUGACAUUUACAAGGAGAAGCAUCGAAAGAGUACAGAAGUUGGCAUAGUCCCAAGUUUUUAUAAGAAGAAGCAAUCAGAUGUUUUGUUGAACACUGAUGACCUGGAUGCUAUGUGGUCGUGCCUAAGGGAAAAUUGUGUGAUCGAUGAAUCCACUGGCGGUUCUGAAAAGGUGAAUUAUGAAGACUUUUGUCAAAUUGCCUCUCUAUGUGCAGAUCAAAUUGGCUCAAGGUGUCGCCAUUUCUUCAGCCCCUCAAAUUUUUUAAAGUUUGAAAAAGACGAGUUAGGAAGAAUUUCCAUUUUGCCUUUUUAUCUAUAUGUUAUGCGCACGGUUUCUCUUACACAAGCUAGAAUUGAUAUGAGUGAGCUCGAUGGGGAUUCUGAUGGAUUUCUUCAACCUUAUGAAAUGGAGGCUUAUAUCAGAGGUCUUAUUCCUAAUUUGGCUCAACUUCGUGACAUGCCUGCAGAAUUUAUUCAAAUGUAUUGUCACAUAGCUGCACACAAAUUCUUCUUCUUUUGUGAUCCAAGUCGAAAAGGGAAGGCAUGUAUAAAGAAGAUUUUGCUUAGUAAUUGUCUUCAAGAACUAAUGGAACUGCACCAGGAAACCGACGGAGAUAGUGCUGAUAGUGAGCAGAUUGAUAAUUGGUUCUCACUAGCAUCCACACAACGCAUAUGUGAUACAUUUUUGGACCUUGAUAAAGAUGCUAAUGGCACUUUAAGCAAGGCGGAACUUCAAGGAUAUGCUGAUGCUACGCUGACAGAUAUUUUUAUUGAGAGAGUUUUUGACGAGCAUGUGCGUCAUGGAAAAACCGUUAUUGGACUUCCGUGGGAGAUGGACUUUGAGAGUUUUUUGGAUUUCAUUCUUGCCCUCGAGAACAAAGAUACUCCCGAGGGUUUGACAUAUUUAUUUAGGUGUCUAGAUCUACAAGGAAAGGGCUAUCUCACAGCACCCGAUAUUCAUAUUCUCUUUAGAGACAUGCGUGAAAAAUGGGAUCAAAUAGGAAACUAUGAAUUAUGCACAGAAGAUGUUCGAGAUGAAAUAUGGGAUAUGGUAAGACCGGUUGAUCCUCUAAGAAUCACGCUCUCUGACAUGUUAUCAUGCAAACAAGGUGGUACCAUUGCGAGUAUGCUCAUAGAUGUACGUGGGUUCUGGGCUCAUGAUAACCGUGAAAACCUACUUCAAGAAGAUGGAGAAGCAUAUGAUAUUGAUGUUGAGCGUGCCUAG